ACUAGGGAGGGCUUUAGUAUCAAACAGGAAGCACCAAGGUCCUGUCUUGGUCUUCUCCUUUCUCUAUACCCAUAUCAGAGUCAGAUCCUGGUGACUCCCACACACCUUGAUAGAUCAGAUCUUGAGAAAACAGUUUGAAGAUUUCUGUAAGGCCUUUGCCUUUUCCUCCUGCUACAAGUGUUUCUCCUUCAGCCACUUGGAUCAAGGUCCCAGGUGUCCAAAUUGGGACAAUUUACUGUGUAGUCUGCGCUGGUGAGAUCAUAGCUUGUCAUGAAGAUUUUUUUCAUCCUUACUCUCUUGGGUGCAGCAGAAGCUAUUUUGGGAAACAUUCAGGACUUAGAUGAACAGUUGCCAGUUGAUUUCAACGUUCCUUACAUGGUCUAUCUGCAGUCCAGGCCAGAGCCUUGUGUGGGGACUCUCAUUGACCCUCAGUGGGUGCUCACUGCUGCUCAUUGCUCCUUACCAGCUAAAAUCCGACUGGGAGUUUAUCAACCUAACAUCAAAAAUGAGAGAGAGCAGAUAUACAGUUACUCAUUGACGGUAGUCCACCCUAAUUAUGACCCAAAUACCCGGAAAAAUGAUCUGAUGCUGAUAAAACUCUCUUAUCCGGCUACUAUAAACACUCACGUGGGAACUAUAGCCAUAGCUAUGGAACCCAUGAUAUUUAAUGAAACCUGCUUUAUACCAACAUGGAUCUGGAAUAGCUACAAAAACUUCAGUGAUCCUGACAUCCUGACAUGGACAAAUCAGUAUUCUCUCUCCCAAUCUGAAUGCUGGCACAUUCUCCAAAAACAGAAACAAGAAACAAGGAUGAACAUCAUGUGCAUAGGGCGUUCACCUAACAUUAUAACUUCAAUUAAGGAAGUUUCAGCUGCUCCAGCCAUCUGCAGUGGGAGGCUUCACGGAAUUUUGUCCUGGGGGAAAGCAGGCAUAACCAAGGGAAGUGAGGGCUUCUUCACUGAAAUUCAUCCUUAUGCAAGAUGGAUCUUGAAAACAAUGCAUUCCAACUGA